UUUCUAUGCAUACGUUCCGGUGUCGCUCUGGUCUGCUUCUUUGUCGGGAUACAACAAAUUGGCGUCGCGUGUUACCGAUGUCUUUACAUGCUACUGCUCCUGCAUCAUUCUGGACUGUCUCUGCGAUUACUCCAAAUGCAGAAUUCUGUGAAGAUGGGAAAAAUAUGUUCAGGUUAUAUUUCUGUGCUACCAGUUCACAAUGCAUCCGUGACGCCGAAAACGGAGGAUACUUUAAGGCUUUUGCGCUUGCACCUAGCCUCAGAGUGUCGACGUGCAUUUGAUGCAAUAAACCUGCAGGAGAAACUCACAUUGACAGAGGCCUUAUCGACCCUCGAUAAACAUUGUUUUGUUCAAGUGAACACUUAUACUUCUCGGUAUAAUUUUUCGCAGCUGAAUCAAUUAUCUGGUGAAUCAGUGCAUGCAUUCAUUGCUUGCCUUGUAUGCUCUAUUCGAAAGUGUGGCUAGGACAGUAUUCACAAGAAAAUGUGGAAACAACUAUGCUAAUAUAACCAUUGCUUUGUGGCCUCGCGAAUUCAUGGAUCAGAGAGAGUCUCUUGCUGGAGAACGCUGAAAUGCUCAUAUGGGACAAGGCCUGUGACUUGGCUCGUGCGAAGUUCGCAGUCACGGAACCAAACAAAAGUUCCUCUCUAACACCGAAGCUACUGAAAUCGCCUGUUUGGAUACUACACCUCUCUGACGCGAUCCUCGGUUAGGAAUAAGUUUUACCGUUGUGGAAAUGCUGAACAUCGUGCAAAUGAUACGUCAUGUCCUGCAAAGAGUGAGAUCUGCCGGAAGUGCGCUAACACCGGUCAUUUUAAUCGGGUUUGUCGUUCCCGCGCCAUUUCUUUAUUUGGUUCUGCAACUGACUCUAGAACUUCUCUGGUCAUCACUGAACAAUCCAUAUAUGACGUUAAUGAGUGCGAAUAUCCUCUUUCCUCUCCAACUCAAGAACCCAAAGUGUCUUCGCCAGAUAUUCGUGGUGCUUUAGAAGUUAAAAACAAAACCAUUUUUCUAGACAUGGAAUUAGAUUCCGCGUCACCAAACACAGUUGUGCCAUAUUGUUUUUACACACAGCAUUUUGGUCAGUUAGUUGAACAUGCUUCCGCUUACACUUUCAGAAGCUAUUCAAAUAGUGAUGUCCAUAUACUCAGUUUUGUUGCGGUUUCAAUGUUUCUUAUAAACAGCAGGAAGCGUAUAGUUGUAGUUUACGUUUCUAAAAUUGAUAGUAAUCCUCUAUUGGGACGUAACGCCUUUGUCUUAUUGAACGUUUUACCAUGCGUCAGUCGGAUAACUAUUGCCAGCGUCAACCUUCACUUGUUACGGUUCAGUUAUCAAAAUAUAUUUCUUCCGGAUAUUGCUAGAGUCCCAAAAGCAAUGCAUCGCAUUCGGUUGAGCGCGGAUUACAAACCAUUCAGCAUUUCACAAUCUAGACCUGUACCUCUGGCCCAGCGAGAAGCAUUGUCGCAGGCUUUUAAAAAUAUGGUCACGGAAAGCUUGAUAAAACCCAUGCAGUGUUCUGAAUGUGUUCAUCCACUAACUGCUGUUCAAAAGAAAGGUGGCUCUACUAGUGUAUGCACCGAUCUUCGAGUGCUUAAUCGACUUGUGAUUGUGGAUACAUUCCCUCUGCUAUCUCUCGACGAGUUGAUGGUUAGUCUUCCAAAUGCCAAACUUUUCGCAAAGUUGGAUAUUCGUAGUGCAUACAACCACAUGCCACUGACUCCAGAUUGCCGACAUUUGACUGCUGUCCUCGCGCAAUAUGGUUUGUAUCAAUACAAUGUGCUACCAAUGGGCCUUAGUAGUGCCCUAGCCGCAUAGCGGAAAUUUAAUACUCCAUCGCCAUCAGAUCUCAAACGAUGUGUUGUGCAUAUGGAUGAUAUUUUCUUUGUUAGUAACCCCACCGGACAUCAAGAAAACCUUCAUAACGCGCUGCACAGACUGAAUGAAUUAAAUCUCCGCCUGAAUACCAAGAAAUGCCAAUUCGCUGUAACGGAAAUCGGGUUUAUUGGACAUGUUAUCUCUACCUCGGGUAGUAAGACUAAUGUGCAGAACACUAGAGCCAUUCUCGAUUGUCCAAAAUCAUGCAAGGUUACACAGCUGAAACACUUCUUGGGUUUGUGUUCUUAUUACCUUUGACAUUUCCCGAAUUUGACGACUAUUGGCAAGCCGUUGCGGAGGUUGACGCGCCAAAACCAGGAGUUUCGUUGGACCACUGAAUAAGAC